AACAUAUUUCAGAAUAAACCCUUGAAGUUAACACAAAACCGAGAGAGAGAGAGAGAGAGAGAGAGAGAGAGAGGGUGAAGUGAAGUAAAAUGGAUCCUCGCCUUUGGCACAAAGUAGCUGCGAUUUCAGGAGUUGCAGCACUUGGAUUGGGCACUUAUGGCGCCCAUGCCUUCAAGCCCCAAAACCCUUCUUACAAAGAUGUUUGGCACACAGCAUCGCUUUACCAUUUGGUUCACACCGCCGCCUUAGUUGCCGCUCCAAUUACAAAACAUCCCAAUAUUUUUGGAGGCCUUCUAACUGCUGGGAUCUUGGCUUUCUCUGGGACGUGUUAUACUGUGGCAUUUCUUGAAGACAGGAAAUAUUCAACCUUGGCUCCAUUUGGCGGCUUUGCAUUUAUAGCAGCUUGGGGUAGCUUGUUUUUCUGAUGACCUCAACUCCGUUGGGGUAGCUUGCCAUGAUGGGUGCAGAAAAUUAUAUAUGCAUUCUCUCUUAUUUCUCUCUUUUAAAAAUCAUAUAUAUGCGCACUUGCAGGCAAAUGCGUGCAUAGUGUUGGAUUUAUGUGGAAGAUAAUAGUGGCAACUACACCACAAGCUUUCAAGAAUUCAUUAUACUAAUAAUAAUACGUGUAGUUUGUAUCAUUAAGUUACUAAAAUAAUUAUAAUUUGUCGAUA